AUGAUCCUUGGAGGAGGCGCCGUCUCUGCCUACGUGGCGCCUCUACAGCCGCAGAGCUCCGCCCGCCCCCACCGCGCGUCCUCUGCGGCGGCGGUGGUGGCCUCCGCGAAGAGACUGCGGCGGUGGCGCCGCCCGUCGCCGGAGGAAGAUGACGCCGGCGAAUACCCAGAGGGAACGCCAGAAGCGGGCGGCGGAGUGCUCGAGUUCCUCACUAAUCUCGAUUCCGAAGCGCCACCGCCACCGCCAACGCCGGCGGUUUCUGCCGGAGGGUCGUCGCUGAGGGGGGCGGACGUCCUCCAGGCUCUUCAGCGCAGGGCCGCCGCCGGCGGAAAGGGGGCGGCGGCCGGUGGUGGAAGGGGGGCGAAAGUGCAGAGGAGCGUCGCCACCAGAGGGAGCGGCGGCGGCGGAGGAGACGGGCAGGGAGAAGCCCGCGACUACAGCAACGUUCGGCCGCUGGAGAUCAAGAGCGACUGGGCCGCUCGCCUGGACGAGCUCGAUAGCCUCGUCCAGGAGCUCCAGGCACAGCAGCAGCGCGAAUAG